CGCCAGCCUCGCGGGCAGCACAGCGCUAAGGAACACCAUUCUAUAGUCACUACGAAGAACCUCUAACUGUUGCGACAACUUCUUUCCUAUACAUUCCUGUUGCCCUAGUCUCCACUCAUGCUUCUCAAUCGUCUAGCUUAUCACAUAUCCCCAAUUUCACGCAUAGGCAUCAGAAUGGCAUCCACCAUCGUAGGCAAAUCUGGUCGUGUAUACAUUCAGCGCGAGGUGCUCCAGGAGCGCAAAGAUCCUAGAUUGAACAUCUUCAAAGCCGAAUCUCAUGACCAGUUUUUCGUCUUCAAGCGCGUGUCCAAACCAUUCUAUGACCUGUCCUUACGCCUUGCAGCCGAUUUUCCCGAGUCUCGUCGGCUUCGCAUGCAUGUUGAUCUCAACGAGGACGAAAACGUCCUAAUCUAUCCGUACUACCAACAUACCCUGCUUGGACUGCUUCAGGAGGAUUCAAACAUUUCUGAUGCAGCGCGGAAGAAAAUCUUGCGGCAGACAGGAGAAGCCAUACAAGAACUACAUAGCAAAGACUGGAUCCAUAUUGAUAUCAAGCCCGAUAAUAUACUGGUCAACUGGACUUGCGACGAAGAGGGUAUUAAAACAAUCACCAACGUCGCUUUAGGUGACUUCGACAUCGCUUUUAAGUUGGAAACGGGAGCGCUGCUUCAGACCACUCAUGCAGUAGGGAACGCCAUGUGGCGCAGUCCAGAAGGACAGACCGGGAGAGGUUUGUCCAAGGCAUCAGAUGUUUACUCAUUCGGACUGGUCUGCAUAUAUACCCUCGGGGCUGGGGAAGUGCUACUCAUCAACGAUUACCAGGACCUCGUCAAGCUUGGCAUAAGCCCAGAGCAAGAAAUAUUAACCAGACACUUCUCUUACUUUGGAUCAGCGAACGAGGGCCUUCUUAACCAGAUCGCUAGCGAGAAAUGGACAAAAGCUCUCAAAUUAGCAUCUCAAAUGGCUGAGUUAGCGGUGCAAGACCAGCCAGAAAUGAGCUUCGAGGUGUGGGGACAAGAGCUGGGUUCUGAGGCACAGAAGAUGAUAUCUGGAAUGACGAAACCUGACCCGACGGCUAGGUCAACGAUAGACCAGGUUGUAGCGCAUCCGUGGUGGCAGGAGGCUGUUUAACGGACAACUAAGGUAGCGAGGAGGCUUUAUGCGUGUGUUAUUUAAGAGCAGAUAUAAUCGUCGAGUUAGUGCAACACAUGUCCUAUGAUUAGGUAUCUAUGCAUAGUGCGACUACAAAACAAGGCAAAUAAGUCUCUCCCUGC